AAACAUGCAUCCUGGAACAGGAAAAAGAAGACUUCUGUGUUGAGUUUCAGUUUCAUCAGAAUUCUCAAAAAAACCCAGAAUUUUUCAUCCAGGCAGAAACCGAAGCACUGAAGCUUUCAGAUUUGCCAGUAACCAGUCAAAGAGGAGGAGCCACAAAUGAUUGUAACUUCAGUCCUGAAGAAUCAAGCACCAUAGAAAGAAAGGCUAACAGGAUGCUCCCUGAAUUUAUAUCCUCAUGGAAGGAUGAUGCAGAUUUAGGUGGAAAAACAGAAACUGCAUUCCUUUUAAAAGAAUUGGACAUUCUGAGGGCCAAAAAUAAAAAGCUUCAAGAUAAGCUGUCUGAAAAGGACAAGGAGAUGAAGACAAUAAAACUGGACUUAGAACUGCAAGAGAGAGCUACAGAAGCUAAGAUUGCAGAAAAGAUUGCAGGUCUGGUGGAAGAAGUUUAUUCUGCUCAACGGGAACGUGAUGAGGCUGUCAUGGCAAGGCUUAGGUUAGCCAAUGAAGAGAGAGACGAGGCAUUUCUACGACUCCAGCGUUUAGAAGAGUCUCUCAAAGAGCUAGAAAAUAUUAACCCUGAAGAAAAUGACAUGACAUUACAGGAAUUACUGAACAGAAUAAACAAUGCAGACACAGGGAUAGAUAUACUGAAGAAUGGAGCUAUAAUUCUGAAUCGAAUACACAAGACCAAAGAACGUAAAAAGAAAAUAAUAGCUGAAGAAAUGAAUGCAGUAAUAGAACAACGGGAUGCUGCUUUGUCUCAAUGCAAACGGCUAGAGCAGGAGCUUCAUCAUCUGAAAGAGCAGAACCAGACUUCAGCAAACAACACGAGACAUCUGACUGCUGAAAACAAUCAAGAACGUGCUCUGAAGGCCGAAUUGAUAGCUUUGCAACAAGAAAAAGAAGCUACUCUUCAACAGUGCAAAAAAUUACAAGAAGAAAUCCAGACAUUGCGUGUUUAUUACAG